CUCCCUUUGUAGUUUCCGUUCGUUGAUUCCCACUCUCUCUUUCUCUUUCUAUCCGCAAGGAGUUUUGCGAGUUCCUUCAUUCGGCUGUCAGUCUUUGUCUGUCACGGCCAUUCCGUGGAAAUCGAGCUGAAAGCUCUGUCUGUGGGGAAACAGAUAGUUUCGACAAGGGAAUUUUGGGGGGAGGACGGAGGGAGGUUCUUUCUUUCUUUCUUUCUUCUGCUCACUCGCCGGCGGCAGGAGGUGGGGAAGAUGUUGGUUGAGAGGAGAGUGAUAAUGAGCUGGCGGAGAGUUGGGAAGUCUCUGCAAGCCCUUGUAGCCCAUGCCCUUCUCUUCACUUUCACCCUUUCCCUUGCUCUCAAGUUGCAGCUCUCCGUUUCUUACUCAUGGUGGGUUAUUUUUGCACCUUUGUGGCUAUUUCAUGCAGUCAUAGCUCGUGGCCGGUUUUCUUUACCGGCUCCAUCAAUGCCUCAUGAUCGCCACUGGGCACCAACACAUGCUAUAUUGGCAACGCCGUUGCUUCUUGCUUUUGAACUUCUCCUUUGCAUACACCUGGAAGGAAGUUAUGCAUUUCUGAACAAUGCAGUUGUAGACUUGAAGAUUGUGUUCAUGCCAUUGAUAGCAUUUGAAAUGGCAAUUCUGAUUGAUAAUAUCAGGAUGUGUAGAGCUCUUAUGCCUGGGGAUGAAGAAAGCAUGAGUGAUGAACAAAUAUGGGAGACCCUUCCUCACUUCUGGGUUGCAAUAUCCAUGGUCUUCUUCAUUGCGGCAACAGCAUUCACUCUUCUGAAGUUAUGUGGUGAUGUGGCUGCUCUUGGUUGGUGGGAUUUGUUUAUAAAUUAUGGGAUUGCAGAGUGCUUUGCUUUUCUGGUCUGUACAAAGUGGUAUAAUCCAGCGAUUCAUGAUCAUUCUUACGUUGGAGGAUCUAGCUCGUCUUCAAUGGCUAUUGGGUACCUAGACUGGAAUAGGGGCUCAAUGUUUUCUUCAGAAGAAGAUACAAGUACUAGAAUAUGCAACCUGCAAGAUAUUGGUGGACAUUUUAUGAAAAUUCCUUUUCUUACUUUCCAGAUCAUGCUCUUUAUGCGGUUGGAGGGAACACCAGCUGGUGCCAGAAAUAUACCAGUUCCUUGUCUAUUUGCUCCUCUUUUCGUGCUACAAGGAGCUGGGGUGCUUUUUGCUGCUUAUAGACUGGUUGAGAAAAUGGUGAUUUUACUAAGCAGUGGAGCUUUUCCUGGUACCUCCUUCGCCCUCGUGUCAAAGGCUCGGGAAUUUCUUGGGUUCCUGCGACGUGGAUCUAGGUUACUUGGUUGGUGGUCAAUUGAUGAAGGAAGCAGAGAGGAGCAGGCUAGACUGUACCAUGAUAACAGUUCUAGCUACAACACUUUCUCUCCAGACAUCGUCAGGAAGAUGCCCAAAUCUGAACUCGUUGACGAGAUAUGGAAACUACAAGCUGCACUUAGCGAGCAAACAGACAUAACAAAGUAUAGCCAGCAGGAAUUCGAGAGACUGCAGAAUGAAAAGAUUCUGUGUAGAAUUUGCUUCGAGGAACACAUUAAUGUGGUCAUACUUCCUUGUAGGCAUCAUGCCCUCUGCAGCACAUGCUGCGAGAAGUGUAAGAAGUGUCCACUCUGUCGUGUGCCCAUAGAAGAGCGCAUGCCUGUAUAUGACGUGUAGUGCCUAACUGGAGGUCCGUCUGUUGUUCAUAUAGAGAGAGAAGACUUCCUUGCUGCCUUAGGUUUUUAGGUUAAGCAUGCAAUGAGGAGCUGGUAAAUAAUAAUGUAUUCCACAGUCUUUGUUCUCCUGAUCGAUCCAUUUUUAGUCCAAGUUUCUUAGUUGAAACCCUCGAUCGAAGCCUAGAAAUUGUACAUAGAAGUGUUAUAGCCAAGUCAGAAAUGUAGCCUUCUUGUUUAGCAGUAGCUCUUUUAUUUUUAUUUUUGUUCUUGUUUGUCACCUUUGGUUUGGCGGGAAUUGACAGCAAGUUCGAGCAAUGUAUUGUUGUGAGAACAAGCAGCCUAUGUAUCAGAAAGUGUAAUAUAUGUAUCUGAAUCCCGAUUACAUGAAGCAUCCUUCAGAAAUUUUGUUUCUGCUCCAUUGCUUUUAUUAUCACUGAAGUUCUUUCCACCCAGUAUUUAUUACUUCAGAUUCCCGUACUGGAUCUUUAUUUCCGAACUGAAGAUUCCUGAAGAAUCUGCUGUAUCUUUGACGAUCAUCAGAUUUCAGGAACUGCAUUAUGCAUCUCAUGAUUUGUGUUGAAGGCCGAGCGCGAAGUCAGCGAACACUUGAUCAACAGUCUGAAAGGUUUCAUCAGGGUACAGGCUGCUGACUUCAACAUCAUUGAUGCCAUCGAUCUCGAAGUUCGAUUGGCAGCCCUUGAUGAAUAUGUCGUGGGUGAAUGAUGCAACUAUGCUCUCCGGAAUCCGAUACCAGCAGCAAGAGCUAGCAGGUUGGCUUCUGUGACUGUAACGCGAGGAAUAGUCCUGCCGAGCUUCCUCUCCCACAGAGAAGCCAGCUGGUUCAUGUUGUAGUAGUUCACCGCCGGUCGGAAAUGGACCGACUUGUUCAAGGUUCGAGGGUCGUCGACCGUCUUCAUUGUGAACUUCCCGAUGUCGGCUCCAGUCACAAAGUAAGCUUUGGCGUUGCCGUCGGCGUAGAUGGGGAGGUGGUGGAGGGGAGGAGGGAGGUCGGAAGGGUGGGUGUUGUCGUAGUAAGGCCAUGAAGCGAUGGAGUUGCAGCAGAUGUAAGUGUACGGGAUGCCGUUUUGCUCGAUGGAGCGCCUCACUUGCCUCUUCUGCUGGUAGAAGGACAGCCCUGGCUCCACUGGGUUUGCUCUGUCUACGUCGUGCCCGAACUCGGAUGGCAGAAACCUCUUAAUGGUACCAACAGAUUUGAUAGCCUGGACAAGUGUAAUCUGGUCAAGCAAAUUCCCUCCACCUACGACUGAUAUCACCACCUCAAUUUCUUUCUCUUUCAAUACCUUCUCCAAGCUUUCCCUGUCCGAUACCGAACCCUGUACGAUGAUGGCACCUUUGUCCUCAAGAGACUUGAGUAGUUGGGCUUUUAAAGGGUCGCCGGCGGCGGAAGAGGUCGACCGUGUGAGAAGGUAGGUGGGCCGACCGGCGUCCAGGCUGGCCUCCGCUACAUGCCGGCCGAUGAGACCCGUCGCCCCGAUGAUCAAGACCCGGCUUUUGACGUUAGGAGUCGUCGGAGCCAUAUGAAUCGGCCGGCGAUGAUAUGUGACGUGAGAAAAAUAGUUAGUGACUGAGAUGGAUUUGAGUAUUAAUAUAUAGAAUGAAGCGAGGUUAGGUUUGGGUAAAAUAUAAUUAGCAAAGUUUUGUUGUUCUCUCUGUCAUUAUAUAUAAC